GUUAGCUGGAGUUUAGUUAUUACGUUUCGUAUCUGUUUUGUUGUGCUUGUUACUAUAGAGCAAUACUAAUACAACAUUACCGGUAACUUGUUAUUAAACUGUUGUGUGAUUAGUGUUGUACAUAGUUGAGUGUUUCAUAGUUAAGUGUUGUUCAUAGUUGAGUAGCUGUUCUGAAAAAGUUGUUAACUUUGCAGACAGUUUAGUUUUGGUGGCAUGUUGUUGACCUUGAUGUAUGGCAAACUGGAACUCUGGCUAGAAAGCAAACGACAAAAAAGCAGGCACGCUAAGGGGGCUUAUCAGCGGAUUCCGCCACCUUCACUCCGACUUCCUGCUAUGUCAAAGAGUUCAACUACUCGACUACCUCCGAUAUCUGGUGGUGGUUGGGACAAUAGCUCGGACGGCAGGAGCAGCGGGUCAGAUAUUAUGCAACGCCGGGUUGGUUACGAGCGUCAGAUGAAACGAGAAUACAACGCCAGACACUCAAACCGAAUGAAUAAGCUGACUGACGAGUCAGCGAUGGAGGUAUCUGACAUACUUUACUCCCACGACCGACAGAGAAGGGCCGAUCAUCAGAUUCGUUUGGAACGUAGACAGAAACUUGCUUUAAAGCACCUCCAGGACCAGGAGCAAAGAUUGCACCAAGCUUAUAAACCAGCUGAGAAAUUGCGGUCAGAAAAGCGAUUUCCAAAGAAAUUGCACGACAAAGUAAGGGUUGGGAGACCACAGGGCUCAGAAUACCAUCAGAAUGUGGUGAACCUGUUUACUACUCCUCGUAGUAAACUGCCCAAUUCCCUCAAUCAACACUCUGUUCUGCCAAGUGUCAGAAAGGACAAGAAACAAGAGAAACCAAGCAUGAUCCCAACUUAUUCUAAGACCAAAUCACGGCAAGACCAGCAACCAAAACGAAAACGAGAAGAAUCUUCGAAAGUUUCCCAAAUACCAGUGAGAGCACCAAUUCCUUCUAUAAAUAAGCCUAAAGCUAAACUACAACCUGAAAUCAUCCGAGAGGUUGACGGUGGUUCAAACACUCCGCGGUCACACUUGUCAGUGGCCUCCUCCCUUCACCCCGCUUCAUCUGUACACACAGCGACUCCAGAUCUCAUAGAAUCUGUUUACAUAAGAGAAUCAGCUCCUCCUUUAGCACCUCCCGUUGAAGUCAUCAAGGGACCUUUUUCAACUCCAGCAAAGCGACCUUCAACUCCGAUCGCCAAGCCAACGACUACAAGUUCGAGUAAAGUUUCGGUUACUUCUGGAAUUGAAAGUUUGACGGAAGAAGCCGAGGAUAAACCAGAAGAUGAUACUAUGCAGAGGGUCCAUACCCCUCAAGCAAAUGAAGAUUUGGGAUAUGACAGUCCUAAGCCUACUUCAAAACACCCGAAACUGUCUUCGUACGAGGCUGACGACGAUAUCAGACCAGCCAAGUUAACUCAGAGAGAUAGUGGGUUGGCAGAUAGUAUCGAGCCGGACUCAACUGAGAGCCGACGACAAAGUGUCACUCCUGACAUUAGAGCAACAUCUCCGGAACCCGUCGCCGAACAAGAAAGGGAACCAAGUGUAGUAAACAAACUCGACCCUGUCACUGAGGAAACAGAAAUUGAAUCUCCUCUUGCAGUCGAGGAGUUCAAAUUCAAGCCAAUGCUGGAAAUAUUCAAACCAAAGUCGGAAAACCUUUUCAACAAUACCUUCUUUUUGGGUCAAACUCUUGGGGACGGAAACUUUGCUAUCGUGAAAACAGCUAUCAAUAAAGCGACAAAGAAUGGAGUCGCAAUAAAGAUAAUCGACAAAGAAAAAUUGAAAGGAAAAGAGGGAAUGAUGAUAAAUGAGAUAAGGAUCAUGAGAAAGUUAGAUCAUGAUCAUUGUGUCAAACUAUACGAUAUAUACGAGAGUGAGCCUCACAUUUAUCUGGUUACCGAGCUUGUGAAGGAUGGUGACCUCUUCGACUGCAUCGUAAAAAAUCGAUGUUUCGCGGAGCAUGUAGUGAGAGGGAUGAUGUUGGACAUGGUAUCUGCCCUGGAAUACAUGCACUCUCGGAGUAUAGUUCAUCGGGACAUAAAACCAGAGAAUAUAUUAGUUAAUCGUAUUUCGGAGAGGUUUCGAUUAAAAUUGGGAGAUUUUGGAUUGUCAAUGGUGGUCAAGGAGCCGAUAUUCACAAUUUGUGGUACACCUACAUAUAUUGCACCAGAGAUCCUUGUCGAAUGCGGAUAUGGGUUAGAGAUUGAUAUGUGGGCAGUCGGAGUGAUAAACUACAUCCUGUUAUGCGGCUUCCCUCCCUUCAGAAGUAAAAAUAAGGACCAAGAGGAACUCUUCUCACUGAUCAUGGCUGGCGAAUUCAGAUUUAUCAGCCCAUACUGGGAUAAGAUAAGCCAUGGAGCCAAGGAUUUGAUAUCCAAGUUGUUGCAAGUCGUGCCCGAUGAUCGAAUAUCUGCAAAACAAGUGCUGAAUCACAGAUGGCUAAAACUGUCUGAAGAAUAAGAUGCCACCGAUCUGAAUGUGUGAUUUGUAUCACGACUCCUGACACACGGAUUACUCCUGACACACGGAUAGGAUAACUCCUGACACACGGAUUACUCCUGACACACGGAUUACUCCUGACACACGGAUUACUCCUGACACACGGAUUACUCCUGACACACGGAUUACUCCUGAUUACCACCGCGUUCAGCGCCUGUGAAGUGUGAAGACACUUUUGGUGCUCUGAAAGAAUUGAGAAUGUUCCAUCAUGGUGGUGUGUUUGAAAGAAAAUGCUGUUCUAAAGAAGUAAUCAGAUAUGGGCGAGGAUUACAUUUAAUUAAUUAAUUACUUAAUUACUUUUAACAUGUGAUGUGUAUAACUGAACCAUUAGUGCAUGAACUAUGACGGCAAAUCAAUCAGUAGAAUUUGCGAAAUUAAUUGUAAUUUUGUAAAAGUAAUGUUUUAUCUAGGUGUAACAGUAGUUUAUCAGCUAGUUGUACAUAAUAUUUGACAGUAAAUGUAAGUUAUAUAUAAUACUAUAUUAUGUAAUAUGGAUAUUAGUUUUAAGCCUUAUAUUUUAAAUACUUUACAAGUAAUCAUGAUGAUUAUUGAG